AUGGGCGAGGAGACCGGCGCGAAGAGCGUCGACCUCGAGUGGGUGCAUGUCCACCCCAUGGGCCUUGCGAAGCCCGACGACGCCGACGCCAAGAUGAAGUUCCUCGCCGCCGAGGCCCUCCGCGGCGUGGGCGGCAUCAUACUGAACGCCGAGGGCAAGCGCUUCUGCAACGAGCUGGGCCGCCGCGACUAUGUCACCGGCGAGAUGUGGAAGAGCAAACCGCCCUUCAGGCUUUGCCUCAACAAGGCCGCCUUUGACGAGAUCAACUGGCACUGCAAGCGCUACACCGGGCGUGGCGCUUUCCCCCCUUCUUUGCGCUUUGUGCGUGCGGAGGAUUCAGAGCAUCAGCUACAGCAAUUGGAUCUGAAUGAUUUCCCGAUGCUACGACCGCUUGGCCGCACAUGUCGAGCCUCAGAUCAAGCCCUGUUCGAUGGAGACGGACAACGGGCCCGUGCAGUCAUGGCUGCUACAGUCUUGGCGAAUGAGAUGACAGUCGUCGACGCGACCAACCACGUGGACCUCCCGGAGAUGAACUUCGACCGAUUCGGUGUUACGAUGCUACUCACGGUCUUCGUCGACCUGCAGUGGGCUAUCAACCUCCUGGUCAUCCUCAUUGCCUUCGGCUUCGUCUGGAAUUGGUGGAAGAGUUCGACUAUGACAACGCAGACAACACAACCUCGAACACGCCAACGUCAACGACCUCAUCCUCUACCUCCUGGCAAUCACCAGCGAGUCCGACCUCUACGAGCGCAGCAAGACUACGAGUGUCAACGAGCCCCGGGACCGUCUCAAGGACAACAACGGCACAAAUUCAAACCACAGGCAUGCGGCCAGACAUUGAGAUUGGGUACCUUAAAGACCAUGGUGCACGAGCGGGAUUCCAGCAUUGAAGUGCUGACCCACUACAAUGUCGAGUUGCAAGCGGAAAUUCGCGGAAUGUCUGAAAGAUUCAAGGAGACCAAAGAUGAGCUCAACAAUCUGCGGCGAGACUUCGAAGAAACAAACCAAAGGUUGGAGCAAGCGCAACGGCAAAACUUCAAUCGAGGAACACUACGCGAGCAACCCACACGUGCCACAGUUGGCAUUCAAGGCCCUUGCACUUAUACGCGAUGGAACAGCCACCCGCGCUUCACACCAAUGCGGGAAUCCGAAUGGGGUGCUUGGACUGUGCGGUGA